AUGUUCUCAUCACAGUUCGACGAUAAUCCCUUCGCGGAGGAGAUGGAAGCGGAGAAGUCACCAAUACACAAUUCAGAGACUGUCAAGAGUAACACAAGCCCUGCUAACAACAACAACAAUAUUAACAACAACAACAACGAUAGUAGUAGUAGCAAUAAUAAUAAUAAUAAUAAUAAUAAUAAUAAAAAUAUGAAGAAACAAAGAAGUGGUACUAGUAGUAGUAGUAGUAGUGGUGAGGAAGAAGAAAUAGAAGAAGGAGAAGAAGAUAAUAAUACCACUAUGGAGGAUGAACCUCAAUUAAAAGCAGCCCGUCUGGAAUCUCACACCGUGUGUAAUCCUAAUAACGAUAUCCACACAACUACUGCAUAUGAUCACACCGCAGCAGCAGCAGCAGAAGUGAAUCCAAUAGAAACAACAACAACAACAAUAGCCACAGUGCCGUGUAUUGGAUACUCAGUAGAGGAUGAAGAUGAUGCUGAGGAUGAUGGAGUGGAUGAGGAAUCCUUCAAUGUUCAUCUCUCUCGGCUCGCAGAGUUGGAAGCCACAGAGAAACAAUCCACACAUACACACAAAUUUCACAUGACACUUGCAGAAGAAAAGAAUGAAAUACUUCGCGUCUGUGAGAGUCGUCUUCGGGAUGCGGUGAUGAAAUUAGAGCGAAAACGAAAUAAAAAGAUUCAACAAGGAGAAGUAUCUACUACUACUAUUACUAUUACUACUACUACUGGUGCUGCUGUUAGUAGCUCUAAUAAAGAAACAGAAACUCUAGUGGAUGAAGAUAAUGAUAAUAAUGAUGAUCCAACGGAAUUAUUCACAUUGAUGGAAGUGUAUGAUAGUGCUACAGAGUUAGAAAUGCUGGCCAUGCAUGCACGUUCUCUGCAGUAUAUAGAAACAGCUCAGACGGGUGUAAAAGAGAGAAAUCAUCAUAAUAGAAGUUUAUCUGAAUAUGAACAUUGGAUGCCAACAGCACCUCUAGUAGAAAAAGAUAAAAUCGUGCAGGAUUCAUCCAUAGUCAUCACAGAUGAAGAGAAGUUUAAAGAAAUGCAUUCGGCUUUGGAGAAACUCUUACCACAGUUAGAUCCUAAAUUAGCAAAACUUAUACAAAUGUUAAUACAACUCAUACAAGAAUUACAGGAUAAAUUAAAUGCCUUAUGUAGUGUGAAAAAUUCUCUUUCCUCACAUGUGAAUAUAUUAAAUGCGAGAUGGUCUACAUAUGCACUUUGGGGAAUUGAACGUUCUCUUCUCACGGCGGAGGAACAAAUGCACAGUCACUUGGCAUGUGUGCAGCCAACACCGGCGGAGCAGCAGCAAUUCCAUCAACAACGACAACUGCAGAAACAACUUCACCGCACAGAAGUCGCGGUGGCCGCAUUAUUAGCAACAACUGCAGGAGUCCCUCUCCGUACAGUAACACCUGCGGCAUUAAAUCAUGUACUGCAACGAUCUCAACAAUUGGAGGAAUUGAAAGAACAUCUCAGUCGAGAAGUGUUGUACUUGCGAAAACUGCUUCGUGAGAGGUUAACAUCCUCACCCUUGUUUCCAUGGCCAUUCGUAAAUAAUGAGAUGGAAGGGGGUUUGUCUUUUAUCACAGAUGCUGGAACUAGUACAAGUUCAUCUAAUAAUAAUCAUAGUAAUAGUAAUAAUAAUAAUACAACAGAAGAAGGACGAUUAUAUCUUCUUCAGCAUUGUUGUGCAGUACUCGCAAAGCGGUUGAGAAUGGUAACGGAAAAGAUAAUUGGUACAGUCAUGCGAAACUCUACAGCAUGUUCAUCAACAGUUGAGCAGCAGGAACAGUUUGUUGAAUAUGAUGCAAAAGCAAAUGCCCAACAUAGUUCUAUAGUAACAUGUAUGAAGGAGAAUUCUCGACUUCAGCAACAGAUAAAAGAUGCUGCAUUGAUUAAACUUUUUGCUCCUCCCAGUAGUCCAGCUUUAGAGUUAUUAGCUGAGAAACUUCAAAUACUAUCUCGUAGUAAACAUUUAAUAACACCUCGGGAUAGAAAUGAUGAUGAUGUAGAAGGUGAAGAAGAAGAAGAGGAGGGAGGAGAAGGAGGAGAAGAAAGUUAUAACUAUAAUGAAGAAAAUGAAGAAGAAGAAGAUAGUGAUUUACAAAAACCGAUUCUUAGUGUUUUUACGGAGCAAGUCAAGAUACUUGUUCAAUUAUUUAAUGCACAGCUUCAUGGUCUUGAAAAUAUUUUUAAAGAUGAAAAACAACUAUAUAAAGAGAUAGCGAUUCUUCUGCGAAUAUCAAUUGCAGCAGAUCGGCUUCUUCUUGGAAAAGUUGGUGUGUCUUUCCCAACAAAAUCGUCUGAUGAUGUUGCCGCUACGGAUGAUAAUAAUAAUAUUAAUAUUAAUAUUGAUGAUGAUACUGAUUUUACGUUAUUUGAUGCUUGUAAAGAACUGGAUGAAGUACACCUCUCUCUUGGAGCGACCCCAUUUAUUUUACAGGAAUUACCCUCCGUGGAUGAACUCUCUGCUGCUCUUCAGUCCCAAUCUAAUCAACAUAAAAAAGAACUGGCCCAACAGUGCAGUGUGGCUGAGAAAACACAUAAUGAACUGCAGGAGGAUUUAGAUUGGUGUAGACAACAAAGCCCACAAACGGCGACAGCAGAACUCUGCGAAGUUGAGAAAGAACUGCAGCAUUUAAAGAAUUUGUUGGCCCUAACGACUGCGCAUGAGAAGGAAACCCCCGAACUGGAGGCUGAACUGAAGAAAGAGAAGAAACAUUUAGCUGAGCUGCAGCGAGAUAUGUUGGAGCUGCAGGAGGGAAUGAAAGCUGCUGAAGAGGAAUGGUCCCUUAUUAACAAGAGAAAAGAGGAAGAGAAGAAUGCCCAUUCCACGCUGGUUACGGAAAUGCAUGAGGAAAAUAAGAAGGAUGACAAUUCUCAGGAUAAUACGGCCGCUGCUGCUGAUGCUGUUGAUGAUAAUGUUGAUAAUGGUGAAGGUGAUGGUGAUAAUUUUAAUGAUCAAGAUGAAAAUGCGUAG